AAUAUGUAAUGGUUUAUGGACUAGAAUAGACACAUCCCUCCAUAGUUUCAUAGAAGAAAGAAAUGCCAAGUUUUGGGGUUUUCUCAAUUCGACGGUGUAUCAGUGGAUGUGGUGAUCAAGUUAGGACCUCUGGACUUGGAACAAGAAUCUGGAACCUUACAGACAAACCACUUGAAUUGCAGAUAAGGGUAGGAUCCAUAUUGAAGAAGGGCCACACAAUCAAGCCAGGGUCUUCAAAGAGACUGAAUUGCAAAACCAUUUACAAGGCUUACAUGCCAAGUGUAGGAAGUGAUGGUGGAGGGACACAGAGCUUGCUUUACUACUAUGAUGAGACAUGUCGCCCUUAUGUUUGGAUACAUGACAGCUUCAGUGACUUCUCAAGGAUAGUGAAGCAACAGUACAUCAGCCUUGAAGAUUUGAGAGAUUGCUCUGAGAUCAAGAUCUUCAGAGACCAUCAGAGAGGCUGUGUUUUGGUCCGAAAGAAACCCAGGCCAGAAUUUUGCUGACCUUAUUACCUCCCCCACUUAUAUAACCUUUCCUGUAAGUAUGAUGUGUUAGUAGUUAUAUGUAUCUGAAACUCUUUUUUCUUUUGCUGCUACUACUUCUAAUUCUUCAACUCCAGGUCUUCUGUCUUUACUUUCUAAUCCAUGAAGGCUGAACCUUUCAUUGUAAACUGUAGUUUUUAACAGAAGGAAUAUAAUUUAUACCCCACAAGCUCUAGUUUGCA